AUGGACUUCAUAGUAGGAACCUUCAACCACUCCGUCCUCUACACCCUCCACUUCACCCCUCCCUCCCCAACCACCAAGAAGGAAGCCUCCCUAACCCUCCUCCGCGACCACCCAGCCGUAGCCGGGCACUCCUGGCUCUCCUGCUCCCCGGACAAGAAAUACCUCUACGCCACCGCGUGGACUAAACCACAACCCUCCGUGGCCGCCUACCGUAUAAAGUCUUCCGGCCGGGAGAUACAGUUCUUAAACGCUAGACACGUCCGCGCGCUUCCCGGAUACGUCUGCGCCAAUUCUACGCAUCUAUUCUCCGUCGGCGGACCUACUGGCGAGGUGUUCAGGCUAGAAGCAGACGGUGGUAUCGGACCCUUAGUCCAAGAACUCGACUUCGUCACCGGCCAAGGCGAGAACGUGAGCGAGAAGCGCGGCGAAGUGGCGCAUGGGAGUUUCGGCGGGUUGAGACAUGGCUCGCAUUCAGUCGAUUUGAGUCCCGAUGGGAGUAAAUUGUACGUUGCCGACAUAGGCCGGAAUUGCAUCUGGACGUAUGCGGUUACCAAGACGAGGGAUAUGAGUGAGAAGCCGUUGUCUAAACUGAAAAAGGUCAUGAGUACGAGGGAAGGCGAUGGGCCGAGACAUGUAUGGCCGCAUCCGGGAGGGAAGGUGGUGUAUUGUUUGCAGGAGCAUACGAGUAUGGUCGAUGUUUUUGCUGUGGCUGAAGGGGAGGAAGGGACGGGGUUGGAGUUUAAGCAAGCGGUUAAGAUUAUUCCGGCUGAAGAGGAUGUUAAGAAGUAUUGGGCCGAUGAGGUUAGGGUGUCUACUGGGCCGGAUCCGAUGAAGCCUAGGUAUUUGUAUGCUUCUACGAGAGGGCUGGAGGCGAAGACGAAGGGGUGGGUCGCUGUGUUUAAGCUUGGUGAUGACGGGUUGUUGGCUUCGGAGGAGACGUUGCAUAUCUGGCAGACGCCGACGAGUGGCGGGUUAGCAAAUGCUAUUGAGCCUGCGCCGUGGGUGAAAGGGAAGGAAGAUGAUGUAGAGUAUCUCGCUGUGACUGAUAGUGAGGAGGGCUGGGUGUUCAUGCUAUCCUUUGAUGGCAAGCAGAUCUGUGAAGUGGCGAGGCUGAACCUAGGCAAGACAGACGAAGGCAACGUUGUGGGUUGUGCGACGGCAGUAUGGCUGGGUGACAGCAAGGGAGGCAAUGUAGAAUUCUUUCGGCAUCGAUAG